AUGACUACUGCAUCGGUGUCAAAUGCGGGACAGGGCCAUAUAGGACUCCGUCGUCGCCUCUCAAACACAAGAAAAAGAUCAAUUUCAUCCUCUAUAAUUAAUUUUUUCAACAACAAUAGAAAUAAUGAUACAAAUAUGGAUGAGAUACCUGAGUCUGUUAAAGAGGUUGACAGUGUACAGAGCUCCAAUCGCGCAGGAUCCAUCGAGGUCAAGAGAAGAAGGAAGCAGGACACUAUUUCCACAGUAAACCCUGAAAGGGAUACGUUGAUACUCUACGAAACAGGUUCGGAUUUCAGACCACCGGUACUACCAAUUCUUCCAAUACAGCGGUUGAGGUUAUUGAGACAAAAACAGUUUUUAAGACGUAUGAACGAUAGGAAUUUUGUGACGCGCCACUCUACGUCGUUGAUGUCAAUUGGUGACGAUUCUGAAAUACAAGGUAAUGAUACUGUCUUGUACCAUAAAUCUGUUACGCCAUCUCCGAUAAAGAAACCAGCGAGAUCGUCGCAUUUGAAAAGCAUAGCUUCCUCCCAAAAUGUAAAUACAAGGAGGAAAACUCAAGGUAUUAAAUGGUCAGGUAGUUUUGAAUACGAUCUCUCUGAAUAUGAUAGUAUUCCGGAGAAGAAACCUGUUACGAAUGAACAAAAAGAUGCUGGACUCACAAUUCGUUUAAAUACAAAUAUUAAUGGUUUGGAGACGAAAGCAGGUGAUUCUAGCCUUUCAGGUGCUCAGAAAAAGCUUUUAAUAAAUGGCGUUAAACCGCUUGUCAAAUCAAAGAUCGCAUUAAAGGAACCCGUCAAAAACAUAGCCACUAGUUCGAAGGUCGUAUUACCUACUGCGGGAUUCGAUUUUAUCAAGGACACCGGAACACCAUCAAAGAAAGCUCCAGUCUCUUUCUCUCUGAAUAAAGGCAAAGCCUUACAGCAACCACAGAAAUCUUUAUCCACUGACGAGAAAAAGAUUUCCGAAGCUCCAAAAAUAUCUUUAAACUUGAUACCAUCAAAGUCUCAAACCUCUACAUCGGCAACAAAACCAGCAUUUUCCUUUGUAUCAACCUCGAAAAAACAAGAGGUCGAAGAAGAUGAUGAUAAAGAAGAACCAAGAAGGAAAAAACGUUCAGCACCAAAAGGGCCUUCCAUAAAUUUAACAUCAACAUUAUCUGGCAACAAAGACGGUGGUUCGAAAGAGGAGCCUAGAAUUUCAUUUGGCCUAAACGGUAAGAAAGAAGACGCAAAAAUACCAUCAUUCUCCUUUGGCGCUACUGAACCAACCGAAAGGACUACUUUCACUGAACCUAAAUUGUCUGAAAAAACUCCGACUACAAAGCCUGCAUUCAGUUUUGGUACAUCUGCAACAACCGGUAGCACUACAAUAACAGCACCUUCUUUUUCAUUAGGAGCCCCAAAAUCAAGUGAGGAAACUCUCAAAGCGACAGUUCCUGUAUUAAGCCUAGAUAAGGAAGAAACUAGCACCAAACCAACCUUUUCCUUUGGGGCUAGUCUUGGCAAGAAAACAGAGGAGGGACCUGCUAUACCGUCUUUCUCAUUCGGCGCGCCCUCGACAAAGAAGGAAGAUAUGCCUACUGAGGCAACUAUCAAAGAGGCCAAACCAACUUUUUCAUUUGGCAAACAAACUGAUGAAGCUAAACCAGCAUUUUCUUUUGGUGAACCAGCAGAUGUUAAAAAGGAAGAGCCUAAGCCAGCUUUCAGUUUUGGUACAACAAGCUCGCAAGGGGAUAAGGCUGACCCUGCAAAGAUAUCCACCUUUUCGUUUAGCAAGCCAAACAUCACCAAUGUAGAAAAGGAAGCUGUCAUAAGCGAUAUUAAAGUGCCUGUUGGCGGGUUUUCAUUUGGUAACAAGGAAAAUAAUAUAAGUACAGCAUCUAAUGGCUCUGCUUCAUCAUUUCAAUUUUCUAGACCACAAGAUAAACCUGCAUCAGGCUUUUCCUUUAAUAAACUUCCACCUCCUGUAGUAGCGCCAGAGAAGAAGGCAGAGACUGGUACAACAGGAUUUUCAUUCAAGAAACUUCCUACAAGUGGCAGCACUAGUGCCGUUUCAACUAAUAAUCCACUUCUUGGAACCGGUACUGCUGCUGCUGCGGUACCAAGUUUCAACUUUGGAAGUAACAAAUCAGAUAAUCAACCUGCUACCCCCGGAUUUUCAUUCGGUAAGCCCUCAAAUAGUACUGGUAACCUUCAACAAAGUCUAUUCCCAACAUCUGCUUCAAGCACUGCUACUAGUGGAACUUAUGGAGCGAACACUUUCAAUGCAUCAAUAAACCCUUUGCUAUCCAGUGCAGCGAAUGGUAGUGGAGCAAACCCAUUGCUCUCUAGUCAACCAAAUAACAACGCUGGAUUCAACUUUGGUGUAAAUGGUUCCAAUCCAAAUACAGCUCAGUCCGUAUUCCAAGGGAACACAUUCAACCCACCCGCAGUGGAUGGGUUUAGUAGCAAUCCAGCUCCUCAAGUAAAUUUCCAUCCAUCUGCUACCGCAAAUAUAAAUUUUGGUGGAGGCGGAAACGUGAAUCCUGCGGCCAUCUUUAAUGCACAAACACCGGUUACAACGAACACUGCACCCCAGCAACCUGGUGGACUCAUGACACAAAGAAAGAUGGCAAGAAUGAGACAGCCUAGGAGGUGA